CCACUGGGCCCUGCACCGGCCCUCUCCCCUGUGCCAGCAGCCACUCAGGGGUCAGCAGGGGCUGCCUACAGGCGGCAUUGCCUGCGAUGACACUUCGCGUGUUACCCAGCAGUGGCACUGCCAUCAUCGCCAAAAAACAAAACACCCUCCAGGCAGCUACCUCCUUCCACUUCUGCUUCCCAAGUGGCAGCAGUGAACUUGGCCUCCACCACCCAGAACUGCGCCCACAGGAGCCUCCACCACCCAGAACUGCGCCCACAGGAGCCUCCACCACCCAGAACUGCGCCCACAGGAGCCUCCACCACCCAGAACUGCGCCCACAGGAGCCUCCACCACCCAGAACUGCGCCCACAGGAGCCUCCACCACCCAGAACUGCGCCCACAGGAGCCUCCACCACCCAGAACUGCGCCCACAGGAGCCUCCACCACCCAGAACUGCGCCCACAGGAGCCGUGAGCCCUCAGAGCUGCCGGCCCCGGGGCUGCCAGACUCCAGGAGCUUUCAGCUUUCACUGUGCCACUACAUGGAUGCCUUAAAAGAGGGGCCACCAUUGCUCUACAUCUUUUCUCUUCUACCUGCGCCAGGUGAGAGGUGGGAGCCCUGUACCUCCGUGUCAGUAGACGACCCUUAAUAAAGCUUUGAUUCCCUACAGAAAGGGACCUCGUGGGGCUGUUGGGAAACCCCUGCCAGGAGAAGUCAGGAUCACCCUCCUCUUUCCAGCAACAAGUGGGGCACCUGGGCAGUGGGGGAGGGCAGCCCCAGGGGAGCAGGUGUGGGUGAGAGCUGCUGCCCCUCUCUUGUCCCCCCCACCAGCUUUGUCCCUGUGCCCAUUAUGGCUUUAUUACUGUUUUCAGCCAGAUAUAAUUUCAGCAUUUUCUAUAAUCUUGAUCUUUUCAUUGAUACCAGAUUUUUAUACAAAGAUUUGUAUGCAAAAUGAUUAUGUACCCACCAGAAUGCAUUCCCCGGCAAUUAGAACAUUUAAGAUGCAGCUCCUAACACUCCUUCCCGCACAUCCCUCAUUUAUUACUUUCCAAAGUGUUUUGUGGUUUUUGGGGAUGUGUUUACAAAUCCAAUAACAAUUCUCAUUUAGAGUUGCAAAACACGAAGCCAUUUUGAACCGAGACAGAUGGCAGCUAAAUGAAGUUUAAUUAAAGAAUGAGUGCUUUGAAUCAAA